GGUAAACUAGACAACCAACAUACAUAUUAAAGUAGAAGAUGUGUCAUUAUACACAGUGUUAGUAAAUUGACUUUAUUAACAAGGACUUUACAGAAAAGGUUUGGUGAAUUAUUGUGUGAAGAUCUCCAUCAUGUCCAGAUUUAGCGGAGUGGAUGCAAAUGUGCUGGCACAGACUAUAAGUUCAAAUAUCCAAAGAAUAACAUCGCUAACUAAUGAAAUCCAGCAGAUGAUGAGACAUUUUGGAACAGCACAAGACACAACUGACCUGCGACAGACAUUACAGGAGAAACAACAGAAAGUCAAUCAGCUUGCUAAAGUGACAGACAAAUGCAUGAAAGUAUACAGUGCUUUACCUGUGUCAACAGAACAGCGGCAAAGAAAAAUCCAGCGAGAACGUCUAAUCACUGAAUUCUCCAAUGCACUGGCCCUUUUCCAGAAAACUCAGCGAGAGGUAGCAAAGAAAGAGAAGGAGUUUGUGGCGCGUGUCCGAGCGAGCUCAAGAAUUUCGGGUGGUGAUAUAGAUGAUGGUUUUGGAGGAUUUCCAUCCCCCUUUCAAAGUGAGAUUCAUGCUCAAGAUCAGAGAUAUGAGGAGACCAUCACAGAAGAAGAUCUGCAGCUCAUUCAGGAGAGAGAAUCAGUGAUCAGACAGCUGGAGUCGGACAUCACAGACAUUAAUGAAAUCUUCAGAGAUCUGGGCAUGAUGGUGCAUGAACAGGGAGACAUGAUUGACAGUAUAGAGGCCAAUGUAUCAAACGCAGAGAUGAAUGUGCAGACGGCCACACAACAGCUGGGUAGAGCAGCAAGUCACCAGACGUCAUUCCGCAAGAAGAUUUUCAUCCUGAUCGCUGUUCUGAUUGUGUUUGCUGUCAUUAUUGGUUUGAUUAUCUGGGCUUCUGUCAAAAACUAAAUUUGACCAUCAGAUGUCCCACAGCAUUUGUACUGGCAUUAGUUAUGGAGGUUUGUCACUAACUGAAGCUGUCCUGACUUGCGUUCUAAAUACCGUUAAGAUAUUGUCACUAACAGAAUGUUUAAUACAAGUUGAGCUCUAAGGACAGUAUCUUUAGUGUGCAGUUCCUUACCACAGAAACUUAUUUUAACUCCAUUUGUUAAAAGGGUCCUGUUAUGCUCUUUGGCAAAGUCUUAAUUUUGUUUUGGGGGUGUACAAGAACAGGCUCUCAUACUAGGUUGUUAAAAAAAAACAUUAUUUUUCACAUAUUUUACAUUAUAACAACACCUCUCUCCCAAGUCUGGCAUGAACAGCUUCAAUAGUUCCUGUAUCAAAGGAAUGCCCGCCUUCUGUAAUAUGAAAUGUGCUGUGAUUGGUUAGCUGGGCCAGUGUGUGUUGUGAUUAGCUCCACUCGGCGACUCGGCGGGAAAUGUAAUGCCCCUUACAAUAGCUCCCUGCAAGCUUUAGUGUAAAGAUUUUGUCAACAUCAAAUCAAUUUGAGUUUGGGUUUAAAGCUGCAGUAGGUAACUUUUGUAAAAAUAUAUUUUUUACAUAUUUGUAUGUCCUGACAGUAGAAUAUGAGACAGAUAAUCUGUGAAAAAAUCAAGCUCCUCUGGCUUCUCCCAGUGGUCCUUGCCAUUUGCAGUUACAGACCGCUCCCGGUAAGAAACAACCAAUCAGAGCUGCGGUCCGUAACUUUGCGGUCCUUGUUCAAAAUGUAGACAAAUGUAUAUAAUAAGCGAGUACAUCAUGAAUCCAUUUUCCAAACCGUGUUUUUAGCCUGUCCUGAAUCACUAGGGUGCACCUAUAAUAAGUGUUUAUAUUCGGACUAUUUUAGAUUGCUUCGGGGGUACCGCGGCGGAGUAACCCAGUACCUUCGUGAUUCUUCAUAGACAUAAACAGAGAGAAGUAUCCGGCUAUGAUGUUCUUCUGCAAGACGCAAGUAGUUCAGUUUAUUAACCGCUAGAGCGUCAAAAGUUACCAACUGCUGCUUUAAUUUGAGUUUGAUUUAUAAAACCGGGCAUUUGUUGUAGUUUUUAAAAAGUGAUUUCUCUUACAUAAAAUAUCUCCUUUUGAAGUGGACUCUUUUUUUUUUUUUUUUUUAUGCUCAAACACCAACAUUACAGACUAACUAAAGUUGAAAAGGUGAAAAAGCAUAAUAACACCACUGUAAAGCAAAAAAUGCAUUCAGUUUAACAUUCCACAGAGGCUGUACAUAGAGCUUAACUUGUGUUUAAAACAGUUUUAACAUGGUUUCUGUUAAUAGAUAAUCAUUCCAGCUUCAUAUGUAUAUGUGUUUUUGUAAAAUUAUCCUGAAAUAGACGCUACAGUUUCAACAAACCAACAAUGUCACUAUAUUUGUCUAUCUCUAUGAUAUUGUUUUGUACAAAUGUAUGUAUAUAUGACAUUAAAAAAAAGAAAGUGUUGAAGAGGUUAUCAUUAAACGGAAAUAAAUCAGGUUUACCAGCUGACACGUUGUGAAAGGAAAUAACCACUAUUUCAAAUGUGGAGUUGCAUGUUAAGCUCCGCUCUAAUGACAGUCUGUUCACCUUUGACCUGCUCACACACAGGGCUGAAAAUGAGAAACAAAUCCAAAUUCUUGCUAAAGGGACUAAUUAACUUUAUUGGUUAGGCAGUCAUUUAUAUUCUUUUUGUAAAUUGUUUUAUUUGAAAAGCAUUAUUUUUGUCCCCAUGAUUCAAAGUAGUUUGAAAUUGAAGUGAUGUAAAUGUUGAAUCACUCCUUUACCCCCCCCCCCUUUUUUUUCAAAAUCUAUAAUGCUGCUGUGGAGAUAAUAAAGACAAAUACAGAUGUGUUUGGUUGUUAUUUUGAACUUUGACGUGAGAGAAACUCAGUUUGAGUCCAAGUAUAGAUUAAUAUUCAAAAAGAGACAGUAAAAUAUACAGUCUGUUUUUCAGUAUAUUUGUGCCAGUGUCACGUCUCUUCAUUCAUUCUUCUUGUCAACUUCUACUUUGGAUAAAUGUGCUAAAUUUAGUAUCUCAAAUUUGACAAGUGAACACUGUGGAAAAAAUGAUGGAAAGUACAUCUAUUUUUUUAUUUUUUAUUUUUUCAUUUAAAAGUGAAAACAGAACACUUGUGUAUUGCGUUUGAAAUUGAAGAUAUAAUGAUGAAAGAAUGAAAAAAAAUAUUUAGUGAUUAUGUGCAAAGAUGAAGAAGUAAUUAACAUGAACUCCCAGCAGAAUCACAUUAUUAAACAUUUAUUGUUGAGGGGAGGAGACAUUUACAUAUAAAAUAAUUGUAAAAUGCAUUGUUUGCCAAAGUUGGUGUCUUCUUGCUCACUGGGAACAAUGCAAACCCUUUACACUGAGGACCGAAUGGGACUGGACUCACUCUUGUGGACAUACAACUAAUAGAUUCAAAUUCAUUGUUGCUUUGUUCUAUACAAUUCAUGAAGGAAGACUUGAUGUCUCUCCAGAGUACUUCAUGAAUCUUACAACAGUGAACCAAAGCGAUGUCUGUCAGGAAUAUUUGUGUCCAGAGAGAUCUGUUUCUUUUUCUGUCUAUGUGAUUCUGUAUGCAGCUGCAGCAGCUGUGUCUCUUCUGACCGUGUGUGGAAACCUGCUGGUCAUCAUCUCUGUUAGUCACUUCAAGCAGCUCCACACACCUGCAAGCAUCCUCAUCCUCUCUUUGGCUGUGUCCGAUCUUCUAGUUGGAGUUUUUGUGAUGCCAUUUCACUUAUUUCUCUAUGCUCUGUUGUACCCUUGGUUUAAGAAAAGUGUAAAGAUAAUUAUUACUUUUAAAAUAUUGAACACAGACUCCUCUCUGAUGAAUGUCCUUU